UAGAUUCUAUCACUCUCACUGUUUUUAUUAUAUUGUCUGUAAGACUAGAGACAAAGAAAAGAUGAAACUUCUGUUAGCUGAUCUACUUUUAUUACUAAUAAGCCUUGGCUGGUUUCUAUCAAGUACUGUGCAAAGUCAACAACAAUGUGCAAGAAAGUUUAUGGAUCUAUCUUUAGUGACAUAUAGAGCAGAACGCAUUUCAAAUAAUGCAGUUGGUAAUGACUUGGACAAUGAGCUCAGAGUCCUUCAAGAGUAUCAGUUCAAUUGUUCAUCUACUAAUAUAACCAGUCUUAUAUUGGGUAUUGAUGUAAGAUCUGGCUAUACUAUGUUUCCCAGUGUCCAGGUUUAUUCAACUGACGGUAGUCUAGUGACUGGUAGUGAGAGAACUAUUUAUUAUUCUCCCUCUAAUGUCAGUACUAGUGGAGUGUUUGAAUAUCCACUCAAUCCUCCUAUACCAGUAAUGAAUGGAGACCUGUUAGCUGUAUCACAACCACCUCAAGCGAGCAGUGUUGUUAGAAUCUAUUAUACUCUUCCAGGGGUCACCUUUCGUAGCAGUCGGCAUUCACUUAGCACAGAAAAUGUUAAUUCAAAUGGUUCUUCAAUCACAAAUCAGUUGAUAUUAGUAUAUCCAGUAACAGAUGGAUACUGUGUUAAUAGUGUCAAUUCAAUCAAUGCUUCAAUUAUUAAAGAAAAUGCUUUUAAAAUACAUGACUCUGAUCGGCCAAGUGAUAACAGACAAUACUUGUAUCCAGAUAUAGUGUUCUCUUGUAAUGGUUCACUUACUAAAUGGAUCUAUGGAGGUAUUGAUCAUGGUAACAAUCCUCCUAAUAGACUACCUGAGCUCCAAAUAUGGCGUCAACUGGGUCCCAAUAAUUACAAUAAAACAGGAUCUAGUUUAGUUAACGCUAGUGCAAUGAUUGGUACUAAUCUCUAUGAAUUUAUUCCUCAGAAUCCAUUGCAGCUCCAGGAAGGAGACAUAUUUGGUUUCUAUUUUCCAGAAAGAUCUGAAAGUCAAUUGAGUAUCUAUGAACAGGAUGGUAAUGGACCAGUCAACCUAAGGUACAGCUCAAAUGUUCCUCUAUCAUCAAUAAGUCAAGCAUUAUCUACUUUUGCAAAUAAUUUUCCACUAGUUUCAGUUGAAGUUUCAGUGUCUACAAUGCCACCUAUUAUGUCAACAACUACUCCUACUACUACUACUAUUACUGUGAUAUCUGCUAGCUCAUAUGCAACACUAUCAACUGCUAUCCUCAGCAGCAUAGAACCAUCUUCUCUCCCAUCAUCUGUAGUCAGUACAUCCACAUCAUCUACUACUGCAAACACAACACCAGUUGCAGUAUACAUAAUUGUAGGCAUUGUAGUAUGUAUCAUUCUUGCCUCUUUAGUAAUAAUAGUGCUGUCUGUUGCUGUUUGCAUCAAGAAAAGAUCCAAUAAAAAAGAAAAUGUUGUUAUUGAAGCAGAUGUUAGUUUAUCGCUAAAAUUUAUGCCUGCUGGGAAAGGAAGCGAUAACUCUAAUACAGCCACAGAAGAUAAUGAUAGCAAUGAUUUCACUAUUUCUAAUAUGAAUGAUAACCCAGCAUAUGGUACUGCUAGCGCUCUUACUAAUAGUGGUAAUGCCACUGCUGUGAUAAUACAAGAUAACCUAGCAUAUGCCAGCACUGAUAUUGUGUCCAACAAUAAUAAUAAUAGAUCUACAGGAGUAUAUGAAGUAGUUGAAGCACCAAACUUUGAAUCACCGAAUUCUAAUUGUCAAGAUGGUGACAUAGAUAAUGACUAUAUAUAGAAUUAAAAAUAUAUUUUAAUAAUGUUUUUUAUUAGUAUGAGUUAUUAGCAGUAA